AAACCAGGCUCCUGCAUUUUUCUUCGAGUCUUUCGUCAGAGUUGAAGUUUAGAGCCAUUCAAAGAGAGGAACCGAAUAUCCAUCCUCACUUUUCAGAUCAGAAGCCUUCUCAAAAUGGCUUUCAUUAACAAACCCAAGAAACCCAUUACUCCUUUCAAAUCCAAUCUAUGCACCACACUUUUCUUCAUAGUUCUCUUCACCAUCCCGGUCCUUUUUCUGCUGCACACCCCUACCACCUCCAUAUGCACCAGCUUUGCCACUCAUGUCAAACCUUGGUCCGGCGAUCUCCGAACUGCUCUGUUUCCGUGGAACCGUCUUCCAUUAAUCGAAGGCCAUCCUCCUCCUAUUGCUCUCAAAAUUGCUGUAUUUUCUCGCAAGUGGCCCAUCGGUACAACACCCGGUGGCAUGGAGCGCCACGCGCAUACCCUGCACACUGCUCUAGCAAUUCGUGGUCAUCAAGUUCAUGUCUUCACCUCUCCUCACCUUAAUGAAAAAGGCCUAUUGUCCCUAAAGCUAAAUAAUAGCCUUGGAAAUCUAUCUAAUUUUUCGCCCUACAUUCACUGCCAUGAAGGUGAACCAGGCCAGUGGCGCUAUAAUAAAGCUUGGGAACAAUUUUUGGAGGAAAACCAGAGCAAACCAUUCGAUGUGGUUCACUCGGAAAGUGUUGCACUUCCUCAUUGGUUUGCUCGUCAACUUCAAAACCUAGCUGUUUCAUGGCAUGGCAUAGCUCUUGAGAGCUUACAAUCUGACAUUUUCCAAGACUUGACUCGAAAACCCAAUGAGCCAAUAUCUCCAGCUUUCAACAGAAGUAUACAAGGGGAAGUCCCCAAGGUACUGAAUGAGAUAAGAUUCUUUAGAAAUUAUGCCCACCAUAUUGCCAUUAGUGAUAGUUGUGGGGAGAUGCUUAGGGAUGUGUAUCAAAUCCCUGAUAAAAGAGUCCAUGUUAUUCUCAAUGGUGUUGACAAUCACGAGUUUGGAAAGGAUUUGAGAUUAGGCCGUGAGUUCAGGUCUAAAAUUGGCAUCCCCAAUAAUGCAAGCUUAGUGCUUGGCGUGGCUGGAAGGUUAGUUAGGGACAAAGGCCAUCCUCUACUCUACGAAGCAUUCAUUAAGCUCAUAAAGAAGCAGCCUGGUGUCUAUUUGAUUGUCGCUGGAUCUGGUCCAUGGGAGCAAAGGUACAAGGAUUUGUGGCCUCAAGUCCUAGUUUUGGGGUCUAUGAAUCCAUCCGAAUUGAGAGCUUUCUACAAUGCCAUUGAUAUAUUUGUAAAUCCAACACUUAGACCACAGGGGCUUGAUCUUACCCUAAUGGAGGCCAUGAUGAGUGGGAAGCCUGUAAUCGCUUCUAGGUUUCCAAGCAUCAAAGGUACAAUUGUUGUUGAUGAUGAAUAUGGUUUCAUGUUUGCUCCAAACGUGGAUUCGUUGCUGGAAGCACUUGAAGCAGUGGUUGAGGAAGGUCCAGAGAGGCUAGCCCAAAGGGGAAAGGCUUGCCAGGAAUAUGCAGCUUCCAUGUUUACUGCAAGUAAGAUGGCCUUGGCAUAUGAGAGGUUAUUCCUCUGUAUCAAGAAAGAAACAUUUUGUAACUAUCCUUAGAUUAAUAUAGACCUCCUUUCCAUUUGAUUUC